CUGGGAAGGAAGGAUCAACUGGUGUUGGGUUUCUAUUCUAAAGUGGGGCAGGACAACAAAACAAGCCUGCUGGUGAAUGUGAGUACUGUACACAGCCUUAUCCUGAAGAGGCCAGACUUUGGAGUGCUCUGUGACAGAGUGAUUGUUGUCAGCCCCUUGCCCUGCACAGAGAGGAAAUGGCCACAGAGCAGCCACAGGACCUCACAGCAGAGCAGCUGGAAAUCCUGGAGUACAACUUCAGCAAGGUGAACAAGCAUCCUGACCCCACCACCCUGUGCCUCAUUGCUGCUGAGACAGGCCUGUCUGAGGAAGAGACCCUGAAAUGGUUCAAGCAACGUCUUGCAGAGUGGAGAAGAUCUGAAGGGCUCCCCUCCGAGUGUGGCUCUGUCAGAGACUAGCCAGCAGGUCUCUCACUGGAGACAACCAGGAAUCAGGAAUUUGGCAUUUAGCAAAGAUUUGGGGAAUUUCUUUUCACAAUAGAUUUGACAGGCCAAAGUUACAUCUUGCUAUUUAACAUUAUUAUUUUUUAUUUAAUGUGUACAUAACCAGGAAAGAAUAAUUAUCUCAAACGUUAUGCAGCUUUUGAAAUGUAUCACACGAUAGCUCAAAGGAGAACAGUUACACACUCUGCUGACUAGAGAAGCAGAGUGGAGCUCCUGACCUUGCCCUGAGCUCCUAGCAAAGCUAACCAAGAAAGGGCAGAGUUAGAGAAAGUAAAAUAUUUCCUUUUCUGAUGAUCCCCAGAUGCAAACUUAGUGCUGGACUGAGCAUGCUCGGCUCCCAGCUCUCAGAACACCAGCUGUGCUCUUAGAGUGACCUUGGGCUACACUGCGGACAGGAAUCUAGCACUGCUGUAAUGGAGAACUGAGUGAAUACACCACAAAUAAAUCAUGCUGAGAGCCCUUGAAUUUGUCUUAAAUGAGUCUAUUAGGUAUCAUGGAAUGAAAAGGACUAUUUUUUCCUGAUGUGUUAAUAAAGUAAGAAUAUUUUAGUUGAA